GCCACAUCCUUUAGGUAAUAGAACUGCUUUCACUUGAAGGAUAUGGCCAGACUGAACUGGUUCAGAAGUCACUCAGGAAAAACCCAUUCCAUUGCAGCAGUGUUGGAAAGAAAAGAAAAGCUUUUAAGUUUUCUUCAACUGUUUUGUUUUGACUGACGGCACAUAAUGGAUUGAAGUGUGCUUGUAUUCAGAUAAGGUCUUGCUAUGAAUAGGUAUAUGAGUUUUCGGUCAUCUGGGAGACUGCGUCUGAACGGGCCCUUCAAUCUGCAAAUAAUAGGAGACGGCCAUUAUGAAUCAGCAAACAAUUGACCCGAUUACUAAAGCCCAUUCAUGCCUCCAUGUUUGUAAGCUACCAGGUGGAGAGCGGAGGACUGUCUGUGAAGAAGGAGAGUAAGACGCUGGAGAAGACCAGGAAACCCUUCAGUCUGGAGGAGACCCAACUGGAGCUGCUGCAGCAGCAGAGCAAAACUUUCACCAGACAAGCCCCUGUCAGGUCUCGGACGUUCGAUGUGGACAGAAGUUUGGAGAGGACUGCAAGCAUCGGUUCACAAAGUAGUUUUAUAAAGCACAACAAAACAUUCCACAAGCUGUUUCCUGACAUUCCAGAGACUGAAGACUUGCUACAUGCAUACAUCUGUGCCCUGCAGAAGGAGGUGCUCUACCACGGCAGGCUCUAUGUCACCAAGCAUCACGCCUGCUUCCACUCCUCUGUGCUGCUCAAGGACACCAAGUUAGUGAUCCCUGUGACCAGCGUGCAAAUUGUGAAGAAACAGAACACUGCCCUGCUGGUGCCCAAUGCCCUGUCUAUCCGCACCACCGAGGGAGAAAAGUACCUGUUUGUGUCUUUGCGGAACCGAGAGGCGUGUUACAAGCUCCUGCGGUCCGUGUGUCCUCAACUGAAGGAUGGAAGUGCCAACAGCAGCCCUCUAUUCUCUUCUGCAGAGAAUAGUUUUGAUCAGGACAAGCUGGUGAACUCCAGUCAGUCCAGUCUAGAGGACAGUUUUGACCAGCCGGACGGGUCCGACCCGAAGCUCUUCCUCGACUCACCCCCACCCAGACCAAACAAAGUGCCUCAAGGGAGCAACUCCACCCCUAGGAGCAUAAACACACAGCAGAGAGAGAGCUCCUCAGAGGACCCCACGCAACGUGGCUCAUGGGUGUGGAGUGUGACACAGAACGCCUGCUCCCUUCUCAUCCAGAGAGACGCCAGCAGCCUCAACACUCUUCUCUUCAUCUACCUAAUACUGGUGGUACUGCUGCUGCUAUCGUCGGGGUACAUCGGCCUCCGCAUCGUGGCUCUGGAGGAACAGCUGACCUCUCUAGGCGCCCUCCCUGAAUUCUCCUCACAGAGUAUAAAGACACAUAACCCUGAUUGGACGGAGGAGAUGUUGGAUGACAUAUGAGUGGAGGAUGUGACAAUAUGGUGUCAGUUGAAGCUCUAAAAAAGAGAACUGGAGCUCUCGUGUUGAAGAUAUACUUUCCUCUUCUUAGAAGAACUAGGAGACAUUUUGAUGGUGUUCUAGUGAUGGCCCGUCACCUCCCUGUAUGAUUUCAGAGACCGAUGGGUAUCUCAAAGGGCUAUAUUUAAGAGCGCUAGACACAGGCCAGCCACGACUCGCAGCAAGCGGAGCCAAGCCAACACGGGAGACACACCAAUUACCUGCUGUGUGUCUGACUUGAAACCAAAGCCAACUGGCUCACAUUGAGCACCAACUGAAGAGGGGAGGCGAUAGUCAACUCAGAUCAGAUUGACAAGAAGCAAUUUCUCAGAGGACUCUGGAAUGUGUGCUCGUUUCCAUUUUACGUAUUCUCUUCAAGAGCAUGUGGUCCGUGCAGACGACUUGAUUCCAGCCUAGUCCUGGGUUUGCUUUUUUAACACCUAGCUUAAGGUGCAAGUGCUAUGCAAGGCCAAAUAUGCAGAGUGCACAGAGAUGACUGACUCUUAUCUCCUACUAUGGUAUCACUUCAUCAGAGUGUUACAAGGCGAUCUGUAUUUAAUCUUUCACUACUAAGUCAUCUGUGGGUACUCUUGAAGGAUUCUUCUGGUAUUUGGCCAUAAUGAUAACAAUGAAUAUCUUCUCUUACAUGGAUUAGCUAGCAGAGCAGCCAUUUUGAUUUCCUCUCCUGACAGUCUCUUCCUCUCCUCUUUAAUAUCAGCAGUAUUAAUCCUGCCAUUGGCAUGAUUUAAACCUGUUUUAAUGAUCAAUGCUUUGGGGGCCACUCCCUUGAUUCUCACGGGAUGUAUGCAUUUUCAACGUACCAAAAAGAGUACGAUCAGGUUGAAUGUCGUCUCUUUUGUAGAGGUUACAUUUUCUGCUACGUCCAUUUUUUCCUCUACUACUUUGAUAAAUCAAAGUAGUUUUGGAUAUUCCAAACCAAUACUAUUGUCUUGUUCAGAUUUUAAUAUAUCUGUUGAUGACUUCUGUACUGUUUUAGAAGGAACUGACAUGUGAAAAGCAAAGAAUCAAACCUCUAGUCGUUGACAGGCCUGUUGAGAACAAACACUGAUUCAGAUGUUUCGGGACUGUUCAAGAGGCAACAUACUGUAUUGUAUGUUAUCGCACGUGUCUGGAACAUCGGACACUUGACUGAUAUAUUAUGCACACUCAUUUGAGUCAUCUUGUUUGAGAGAACAACCAUAAAGGUUUAACUAUCAAGUGACAUUGUUAGUGAGGUCCUAAUUUUAAACAAAGCAAAAAAUAGGUGGUCCAGAAAAUGUAUUUCAAUAUGCAAUAAAGAUUAUCCAUGGGGAGGGGAUUAGCAACCUGUGGGUGUUUUUUAAAUGGAGUCUGUUGUGGUGAGAAUUGUUUGUUUAAAUUUUUUAAAAAGAGGCCAAAAUAAUGGCUCUGGUGAGCAAGCGAGGGUGCUUUAAAAGUAGCUGAACCUGCCCAAAUCCAAAGACAUCAAAUUUGAAUGAGGUGGUGGGGAAGCAGGUGUUUUCAUUCUUUAGUUUAGUAAUUUGAUGGUGCUAAGACCUUGUUCUUCUCAGGGGUGCAACCUGCCAGUUUCAGGGUCACGGCACUACUCGGGUCGGUGUUAUCACGCGCAUGGCGUUUGUCCUUGUCCACCACAGAGAUAAUGCUCAAUCCACUCUUCAUUGAGAAUCACAUUAUCAGUCUGUGACUUUUGUUUUAACUAGUUUUUUUCCCGACAAUCUAACAUCUGCCUGACUAGCUCAAUACUGGGUACUCGAAGAACGUUGAAGUGACGUCUGUUAUAUCCUGUAGUUGUCAGAUGUUGGACUAAAAGAUGUAUGCCAUAAAGCAGUACAGUCAGUCGCUGUCCUUCCCCACAAGUGGAUAGCACGUCUUCAAAUGGCAACAAUGCAAGAAUCUCAAUGUGUGUGCUUUUGCAUUAUUGAAGUGUUGUAAAUAAUUGUCCUUUUUAUUCUAUUUGAUUCUUGUAUUUAUUUGCAUUCUAUGUAAAUCAAAGUCUCUGUGAGAUUUUGCUUUGAUAUUGUUCAAAAAUAAAUCUGUUGCAAGAAGUA